AUGAGAGAUAUAAACCCAAAUUUCUUUUACACAGUUAAUGUGGACGAAACUAAAAAGUUUAAGAGUGCGCUAUGGGUAGAUGCAAGAUGCAGGGCGUCCUAUGAAUAUUUUGGUGAUGUGAUAUCAUUUGAUACAACGUACAGUAGAAACAAGCAUGGACUUUCGUUUGCAUCUUUCAUUGGUGUCAACCAUUAUGGCAAGUUCACUCUACUCGGAUGUGCUUUGUUGGGAAAUGAGGAAAUUCGUAGCUUUGAGUGGGUCUUUAAACACUGGUUGAAGUGCAUGGGAACUCCCCUACAGGCCAUCAUCACGGACCAGUGCAAAUCCAUGUUUGGCGCUAUUAGGAAUGUCUUCCCAAAUACUAGACACCGAUGGUACAUAUGGCACAUAAUGAAGAAGAUACCACAUAAGUUCGGAGGAUAUGCUCAGUACAGAAAAAUAGAUGCUAAAAUGCAUGGCACUAUUUGGAAUGCCCAUUCUGAAGAAUCUUUUGAGAAGGAUUGGUGUGCAUUCAUUACUGAGUUUAACCUAGAGAAAAAUAAAUGGCUAUCAGACCUUUAUGAUGAGCGUCGAAUGUGGGUUCUAAUAUAUUUUCAAGGUGAAUUUUGGGCUGGUAUGAGAAGUACCCAACGGAGUGAGAGUAUGCACGCCUUUUUCGGUGGUUACCUGCAUUGCAAAAGUGGACUGGUUCAGUUCGUGCAUGAGUAUGACAAUGUGCUUGGGAACAAAGAGCAAAUAAAACUGGAGGACGAUGCUACAGACUCUAAAGGAGUUGUCCCAUGUUCAUCGAGCUCUACAAUUGAAAGACAAUUUUAG